AAAUUAUUAUGUUGAUGUGAAAGUUCCGGAUCCGGUCACAUGAUUUGGUACGUCACGAGUUUGCAUGAUCUGAGGAAUUAAGUUCUGCUGUCAGUUAAGGAAUUGUGAUAGUUCUGUGAUUUAUUCUUUAAUUUAUUUAUUAAAUAAACUUUAAACUCAACAAAAUGUCUGCAGAUGCACCACCAUACACACCAUUCUUCGGCGCUAUGGGAGCGACAGCAGCUAUGGCAUUUAGCGCGCUAGGAGCUGCCUACGGUACGGCCAAGUCAGGUACGGGUAUCGCAGCCAUGUCCGUGAUGCGUCCCGAGCUGAUCAUGAGGUCCAUCAUCCCAGUCGUCAUGGCGGGUAUCAUCGCCAUCUACGGGCUGGUCGUGGCUGCUCUGAUUGCCAACAGUAUAGACGCCAAUUACGACCUCUUCAGGGCGUUCUGUCACCUUGGAGCAGGUUUGAGUGUCGGGCUCAGUGGUCUGGCUGCAGGGUUUGCCGUCGGCGUUGUCGGGGAUGCUGGUGUCCGAGGAACUGCGCAGCAACCCAGAUUAUUCGUUGGCAUGGUCCUAAUUCUUAUUUUCGCAGAAGUAUUGGGUCUUUACGGACUUAUCGUGGCACUUAUCCUGGCCACAAAAUCAAAGAACUAAGACAUACGUCGCUAGGAUGUGUACCAUGUUUUAAUGUUGUUAAUACAAAGAUUCCAAGAAAUUCUGUAGAAUAUAGCCACAAAUUGGACCUAAUAUAAUAUAUCCAGUGUUGUAAAUUUUUAUCAUAGCUUUGUUAAAUGACAUAAUAUCAGUCAUAAGUCACAGUUACUAGUCAUUGAUUUAAAAAAAAUUAAUUGAAGUUAAAUUUCCUCACUUAUAUUGAAACUUCAUAUCCGAUUCUGGAUAGUUCAGACUUUCCAGUUUUUGUUGUCCGGCAUUCAUAAAAUAUGAACAAAUGUUUAUAAUUGACUAAUUUAACCAGUUCAAAACUUUUGCUUGUUCAGGGAUAUGACAGCAAUUGCUAGAAGCGCAUGAGAGAUGGUAUAUAUAAAAGUAAAAUAAAAACAGAUGAUAAAGAAGAUAUAGAAUUCUAGAAAUGGUGAACAAAUAAUUAUAAAAAUUUAACUGUGGUGCAGUUGUUUACAUUCUUAAUCCAUCAACAUUUUAUUAAUUAUUCAAGUCAAUGUUAUUUACUUCAAUGAAUACAUCAAGAUGCUAGCAGUCCGAUCUUACAUUGACCAUAGGACAGUUUAGCAGGGUAUGAGACUGGCAGUGUAGCCGUCGUGGGAAAAAAAUGUUGACUGAAUGUUGUAAAUUAUAAUUUCAUUACAUGUUUUGUUAUCAUACUUUAUAUUGGUUAUUUCUUGUAAAUAGAAUAGUCUUCAUUGUAAUAAAUGAAAACAACUGAUAAGUAAAUUUUCAUACAAAUAACACUCCUAUAUUUUGUAUAAUGUCAAACAAUUAUUUGAACAUUUUUCUUUGUAAACUUUGUUCAGAUUUCAAUUGUUUGGAUCAUUCUUACAUUUAUAACAAUGUGAAGUUAAAUAUUCUAUACAUGCUUUGAUUGUUGGAAUUCAGCUAAAUGAAACAUGUUGUUAUAAUUUGUAUGUUUCAUUUUACAUUGAAACAUUUAUUAAUCUAGAGACUAUCCAAGUUUAUCUUUUGACUUCUUUAUAGUGAUUAUUGUACAACUGGUUUUGAAUGUCCAUUUAUUAGUCCAUAGGAGACACUGAAGGUCACACAAAAACGUUUUAAUUCAUAUAAAUAAAUAUCAACACAUAGAUACAUAGUAUUAUGUGAUAAAAAUUCAAAAACUGAUUAUAAAAGCAUUUAUCAAGGCCAGUCAUUUUAAGCAAUAUUUUAAUAUAUUGAAGCGAAGUAUUCAGUUAUAUUAAUUCUGUACAUGUCGUAUACUAAGUAACAUGUGUUAACUACAAUUAAGCAUAGCUACAGUUUGAUAUUUUAAACUCACAGGACACAAAAUCAUGAUAGAUUUCUUGAUCAUGUUUGGCAAAUUAUGUAGUGAUAACCAGAGGUGUGGCCUGUAGCCGCUAUACAGAAUAGCUAGCUAGAAAUCCUGUUGCUAGGUUACAGGCGUUGAUGUGACUUUACAUUCCAUCGCUGUAGAUUUCACCCCUUUCCUCUGUAUGUUAUCAUUUCAUAUUAGAAAGUCUCAAGUGACACUUGUUUGUAUAUGUGCAAAUAAACUGGAAGUUACGAA